GACCCCUGAGUGUGAGGGGGAGCCGCACAGGGAGCCCACUGCAGGGUCUGACCCUCUGUCUCCUGGGCUGCCCCCACCCCACCGCCGGGUGCCCAGAGCCCCUCGCCCCGCACUGGCCAGGCUGGAGGAGGAGGAGAAGGAGGAGGAAACCGGGCGCUCUCACUCCUGCUGGCUGCAGAGGCUGAGGCGAAAGACAGAAAAAGGAGGAGGGGAAUAAAAAGUAAAGAGAGGGGGAGAGAGAGAGAGUGAAAGAAAACUAAGCCCAGCUUUUGCCGGUGCUGCUUGGAUUGGAUCUGGUUUGAGUUUCCUCUCUGCUGGCUUGUGCAGCAAGAGAGGAGGAGUGGGGGGAAGUAACUCGCUCACUCACUCUUCCUCUGGAGCUUAAGCAAACGUGCUGGUGACUGCACUGGUGGGGAGCUGCCCUGGGUGCAGUUGCCUCGUAGCUUAUUGCUCUCGGUCACUUAAGAAUUGCCUGGACUUCUCAAGGACCUGGAGGAAAAAGCCGUCGCUUCACAGACCUGAUAGUUGCUCAGUGCCUAUAGACUUGACACCUUUUUUUACCUAGGGGAUUCUUUUUUUAAUUCUUUUUCUCCCGUGUCUCUCAGAUCAGCAGUUGCUUGAGUGUGUGGCAUUGAAAUCCAUUGCUUUGUUAACAACUUUGGGAGAUAUUUUUAAAAACUUUUUUUUCCCUCUCUUUUGUUUUCUUUGCUUAAAAAAAAAAAAAAAAAGAAAAAAGAAAGAAAAAAAAGAUAAUCCUUUUGGGGGGAGGGGAGAUGAUCGUGCUGAUGUGGAAUAAGUGCUCCUGCUGUCUCCUCUUACUAGCCGCGGUCCUGAUCGUGGAGAGCUCCCAGCUAGACAGCUCCAGCUCCAAGGUGAACUCCAUCAAGUCCACCCUGAUGGGGGAGGCUCCAACUCAGGCAACCAACAGAUCUGCAGGCAUCCACCAGGGACUGACGCUUGCUAGCAGUAAGAAGGGCAAAAUGCUAGAGCAGAUGGGAAAACCUCCCAAGCAUUAUCACCGGCAAGGAGAGGCCUAUCCCUGUACCAAUGAUAAGGAAUGCGAAGUUGGGCGAUACUGUCACAGUCCUCAUCAAGCAACGUCUGCGUGCAUGAUGUGCCGGAGGAAGAAGAAGCGUUGCCACAGAGACGGCAUGUGCUGCCCUGGGAACCGUUGCAACAAUGGUAUUUGCAUACCAGUAACUGAAAGCAUCCUUACACCUCACAUCCCUGCUCUAGAAGGGCCACGCAACAAGAAGAACGGUCAUUAUGCUAGCAAGGAUUUGGGAUGGCAAAACUUAGGGAGGCCGCGCUCCAAGCUGUCGCACAUAAAAGGACACGAAGGCGAUCCCUGCCUACGGUCAUCAGACUGUAUUGAGGGACACUGCUGUGCUCGCCAUUUCUGGACCAAAAUUUGCAAGCCUGUGUUGCAUCAGGGGGAGGUGUGCACCAAACAGCGCAAGAAAGGUUCCCAUGGACUGGAGAUUUUCCAACGAUGUGACUGUGCCAAGGGGCUGUCUUGCAAAGUAUGGAAAGAUGCGACCUCCUCUUCUAAAUCAAGACUUCACGUGUGCCAGAAAAUCUGAAUGAGGAUUGGCAAGACAGUAUUAAGUAACUGUGGCUUUAUGUAUUUAAUGCAUUAUGGCAUGGUGGGAAAUGAGGACUGCAAAUGAAAGCGGAAUGGCUAAUGUAACAGUUAGGGUAGGAGUAGAAGUCGCACCAAAUGCGUUUCUUUUUGAGCUGGUGGUAAACACAAGUGCAGCUGGAGUUCUCCUACUGUGCAGCUCUUUUGUAAAUAACUUCUACAGUUUGUGGGAAAUGCUAGUAUGCAAACAAGUACAGUGGAAAUUAAUGUCACUUACCUUGCUGUGUUGUCCCAUGAUGUUUUAGGGGUUCAGUGUUAGGGCUACAGUGGGUUUCCAGCGUGGUAAUGACUGCUAAAUAAAUUGUAUACCUUGUACUCCUAGAGGAAGCAGUGCAUACCAGGAAGACUCAUCUGUCAACACGUUAUCGGUCACAUUGCAGGUGUGAGAAAUGGAAAAAAAGUUACUGUGAAUGUCCACACGCCCUUGUCACGCAGGGCUGACCCUUCAGCAAAGAAAGCACUCCUGCAGGACAAGAGUGCUAUGUUUUGCAGGCCCUCAUGAAAGAAGUGAAAACUUGCCAUCUCACAAUUUCAAGAGAGCAGCAGUUUCUCUAAGAGGAGGCAUUUAAACAGGGUUUUGUUUCUGAUGCGUAGGUAAAUUGAAAUGCUUUAUAUAGCUCAAUGUCAUAGUAUGGCACUUAAUCGCUUGUAUUUGCCUCGAUUACUGCUAGUAUACAUUGGGUUGAAGAGAUGAAGCAAAUAUGUGCAUGCUGAAUCCGGAAUUAUAUACAGGCAGUUGCUCAUUAGUCCCAAAUAUACUUUCUUUGCCUAAGCAUACUUGCAUUAUAGACAUUUCCAAAAGAAAUAGCAGAGUGUUGAAGUGCCUAACACGAAGAGCUAUGAAGUUCUGUCUGUUGCUGUUAUAACAGGUGCUGUAGACAUUUGUUGAGCUGCUUAGAGCAUACUGCUACAAACUCAGAUUUUUACGUUUUAUUCGUAGCAACGGGAUACUGAUGGCACUCUGCAGAAGUAUAAUGGAUUUGUUUCUUAGAAGCAGCAAAGAAAAAGGAGUUGGCUCUUGUGAGCACCUCCUCUCCUGCAGAAAAGGAUGUAAGAAGAUGGUACGACUGCAACUGACUUGUCAAACAUCAUGCAAUGUCACAGCAUACCAGCCUCCAGCACGUGUUCAGCCUGGACUUGAUGUCCUCUCAGUCUGGACUGUUCUGCCAGGAAUGAUGGAAGUACAUGGACUGUGGAAACAGCUGACAACUCUACAUUGUUUGUGUGCUGGUUAAAAAAAGGACAGUCUCUAUCCCUUGACUUGUCUCCCUGGUCUUUUCAAACUUUUUUCAUUUUAUUUGCAAGUAUUCCUUUGUAUAAACAUUGGUAAAGAGACUGAUAUUUCUUAAAAGAAGUCUGAUUCUGUAACUGACCUACUGCUAAAUUGUAAUUACCCAUUUAUAAUUACCCGUUUUCUUGUUUUGUAAUACAAGGGACUUUUCUGUUUAAUCAGUUCUGAACAAGGCGGGUAGACCAGUAUGUAGUUGAACUUUGACGACCAUGUCACCCAUACCUAAGACGCCUUUUCCCACUGACAUGUCUCCACCAGUGGCCGUGUAAUAGCUGUAGCUUAGCUGCACCACCCGACUCACACUUUCUAAUUAGAACACAGACCUCAGCUAUGUUGCCUUUAUCUUUCAUAAGAGUCUAAGAAGAGCAUUACACACACCUCUCUCCCUACUGCAGUUAGUUUUUAUUGACCUAGAGGGACUGCUCAGAGACAGGGUCUUCUGGUUUUUAAUAGUCUCCGUCAGAGUUUUGUCUUGCAGUCCUAUCAUUGUAACUGAUUAUUUCAGAGUUUUUCCAGUGUAAGUGAAACAGGACUAAGGCUCAGAAAUAGCAUAAUUUCAAGAUAUUAAAAAAGUACAGGAACCAAUUUUGCAAGUGUUAUUUACACUGACACCACACAUACUCAGCAGAGGAACUCUCUUGCGCUCAUUCUGACUACAGAUGGAAGAAAAUGAUACCCAGCGUGAGCAGGGGGUUGCAGAAAUGGGCUCUCAGCAUUUUUUAGCUCUUUUUAUCAUUGGCCUAACCCCUUUUCCUCUUGCAAAACAUAGUUAUUUGGGAUAAUUUAUUUACAGGAAAUGUUUAAUGAGAUGUAUUUUCUUAUAAAGAUAUUUCUUACACAAAGCUUUGUAGCAGAAUAUAUUUGCAGCCUGUUGACUUUAAUGUAGAAAAAUGUAUAAUAAGAUUAAAUAUAUUAAAUGUUCUUUCCCAUUCCUCCCCCAAUAUUUCACCCAUAUUCUUUUCCUUACCUGCUGCUUAAGAGUAGUUCUUUCUGGAAAGAUAUGGAAAUCUAUUGAAAAAAAAAUACAUAUGUUUUAGCUGUACAAGAAAAAGCAUCUGAUUGUACUUGUGUCUCAAAGCAUUAUGUAGGUCUAGUUUUGGUAAAACAGGUGAAGAUCAUGUUAAAAUCCCCAUGCAUAAUUUCCAAAAAACUGGUUUAAGUGGCAACUAUCUAUAUGCUGCCUUUUUUUUUUUUUUUUUUUUUUUUUUUUUUACACACUGGACGUUUUACACCUAAGCGUUCAAGAAUAAGUUUUGAAAAUAAUGUGCCUGGAUGCAUAAUUUUCAAUCAACCGGGUUAAAUAGGAAAGGUGCCCAGACACGUUCCGUUCCCUGAACAGUGCUACUUGUCAGAGACUCACGGUGGAUAAAGCUGCCAUUCAAAUUACACGGCACUUUGCUAUAGGUUAUGGCAUACAAAUGCACUCCCGCAAGAUCUAUAACUAGCAAUUCUGAAAUGGCAGAUAACAGCAUCCAGCUCUAAUAACGUGAAACAAUCCAUAUGACACAACUGAAAAUAUUGCUACUAAAACCAGCCAAGUUCUGAUCCCAGGAAUCCCCCCCGCAGAGCUCAAUAAAUAUUGCAAAAUAAUGGCUGUGGUUAUUGAGCAAUGAUCUCAAUAUCCGUGUUACUUGUUUCUGGUAAGCCUUUGCUCAAACAGAUGUACAUUUGGAGAAUGGAAUGGUCUCCAAGUUGCACUAGUGUUUGUACAAAAUGAAAAGGUUUUGCUACUGUUAUUUGCAAUAUUUGGUGGGUAGGCCUUUGAAAAUUCUAACACUUUUAACAACAACAUAAUGAAGUUGUGAGCAUCUUCAGAGCCCUAUGACUUCAACAGAGCUUGAGGCUGCCAAUGCCCUCAGAGGUUUAAUCUGGGAACAAAAACAAUAGGCACAGGCGGUUCGUUGCACACCACAAAUACUGAGCAACAUAGCUGAACUGAAUAGCAUGCACGCAGUUUUGCAAGACUGAAGUUUGAUUGUUUAGAAGCCAUUCAGUUAAUAUUUUGGGGAAAUAUACAUCAGUUUGAGAAUAACAGAACAGCUAUAUUUGGGGAUAAUUGCUCUCACUCACUAUGUCACUCAUCAAGAAAAUUAGGAGUGACUCUGGCUCAGUAACAUUACAGAAAUCUGCUGUCAUGACACAAAUACUGAAGAGAUUAUUGCUGAACCAUUCAAAUACUCUUCUUGUUAGCCUAGAAUAGCCUCAACAAUGCAACAUCUCUUUGGAAAUACUUAUUAACUUUUCUAACAAAUAAUGGAUUUCUACUCUGUAACAGCGUGUAUUUGAUUUACAGUAUAAAUGUGGGUAUGUAUCUAUUACUGUACUAUUUGCUUUGUCUUAUGUUGUUUGCGAGCUAUAGUAUUUAUGAUUUUAAACAUUUUUUAAUGAAAGCAAUUAAAACAGAUUUAUGCACUUACUUGUAUAACAACACUUUCAACAGCAUACGUACAGCACCUGACACCUAAAGCACAACUCACCAGAAUUCAAGCCAUCGUCUGCAUAUUCUGACUUUCCUGUUCGUGGCUCAACAACAGCAAAAAAAAACCCAAACCAACAAACCCCUUCCCAACACCAUAAACUGUCUUGGGCAGAGGCUAAGAAGAGAUGGUCCUAAACUGUUCCUUGGUACCAACCCAGCAGCCCUCUCUGCUUUCGCUUCAGAGCCCUGCAUCAUCACCUCCAAUAGGAAAGGUAAAUGCUGUCAAAGAAAAUUUGUAUUUUUUCCAUCCCUUCAAGUUUCCUUUCCUUCUAGGAAAACCAUUUACAAAAAGUUAUCCUGAAGGUCAAAGCCAGCAGAAACUCAUAUAGUAGAUCCUCUAAGCCAAGGCUUUUAGGAGUCUUGAGACCUAGCUUCUAACUUACAAAAACUUCAUUGCUAAGAGAGUUAUGUAGACCUCAUUUACAAAAAAAUAAAGAAACAUAAUGCUUUGGAUUGUCAGUCAAGUGUUCUGAAAAUAAAUGUCUGUG